GGAAACGUGUGAACCCAACACUCAAAUAAAAGUUUUAAGCCUUCUCUCUCUCUCUCUCCCACUCACUUUAUUUUGGUUUUAAGAUUUAUAAAAGCCACUCUCUGGAGCCAACUAUACCAUGCCCUUAGAAUUUCUUCCUUCCCAGCUUGGAAACCACCAUACUAUCAGCCAUUUUCGUUUCUCAACAACCCCAUUAAUUUGAAUGUUUCACACAUUAUAUCAAUCUUCUUUUGAAGCCCAUAAAUAAUACAUAUAUAUAUAUAUAUAUUUAAAGAAAUCUGUACUGACUGUGUCACCAACCAUCCCCUUCAAUUACACAAAUAUGAAAACUGUAUUUAUUAUAAAAAUAUCAGCUCUUAUCAGUAUAUAAACCAGUCCCAGUUUCAAAGUCAGAUUCUAAAGUUGUUUGUAGGUACUAAGUCUCAGAAUAAUUAUUAUAUGAUGUGGGAAAGGAGAAAAGGAGAAGCUUCCGUGACUUUAAUUGUGGCUUUUGGUUUGUUCCAAACAUGCUUUUCCGAAAUCAACAGAGCAAGUUUUCCUAAUGGCUUUGUUUUUGGUACGGCUUCCUCUGCUUUCCAGUAUGAAGGAGCAGUAAAAGAAGACGGCAGGGGGCCUUCGGUUUGGGACACUUUUUCACAUAAAUUUGGUAAGAUAACUGAUGGGAGUAACGCCGAUGUUGCUGUUGAUCAGUACCACCAUUAUAAUGAAGAUGUACAACUAAUGAAGAACAUGGGAAUGGAUGCUUAUAGGUUUUCAAUAAGCUGGUCUAGGAUUUUUCCCAAUGGAAGUGGCCAAAUUAAUCAGGCAGGAGUGGAUCAUUAUAACAAACUCAUUGAUGCUUUACUCGCCAAAGGAAUUGAACCUUAUGUGACCCUUUACCAUUGGGACCUUCCUCAAGCCUUGGAUGACAAAUACAGGGGAUGGCUAGACCGUCAGAUCAUCCAAGACUUUGUGAAUUUUGCUGAGACAUGCUUUGAGAAAUUCGGAGACAGAGUGAAGCACUGGAUCACAUUCAAUGAGCCACACACAUUCUCCAUACAAGGAUAUGAUGUUGGUUUGCAGGCACCAGGGCGUUGUUCUAUCAUUCUCCACCUCUUCUGCAGGGCUGGAAACUCUGCCACCGAGCCUUACAUUGUUGCUCAUAACGUUCUCCUCUCUCAUGCCACUGUUGUUGAUAUUUACAGGAAAAACUACAAGUCUAAACAGAAGGGCUGCAUUGGGAUAUCUCUAGAUGUUAUGUGGUAUGAACCGGCAUCAAACUCCACAGCAGAUGUUGAAGCCACUAAUAGAGCCCAAGAUUUUCAGCUUGGCUGGUUCCUUGAUCCAUUGAUAUUUGGGGAUUAUCCAAAGUCAAUGAGAGAGAGGGUGAGAAACAGACUGCCAGUAUUUACGAAAUCGGAGGCUUCACUAGUAAAAGGGUCAUUGGAUUUUGUGGGAAUUAAUCACUACACUACUUAUUACGGUUCCAAAAGUUCACUUGCCACAAUACUUAACGAUACUCUCGCAGACUCUGGCGCACUAACAGUUCCAUUCAAAGGUUUAAAUGCUAUUGGAGACAAGGCGAACUCUAUAUGGUUGUACAUUGUACCUGAAGGCAUGAGAAAAUUAAUGGUUUAUAUCAAAGAAAAAUAUGGAAAUCCUCCAGUCAUUAUAACUGAGAAUGGAAUGGAUGACCCAAAUGACUCGGGUAUUCCCAUUAAACAAGCUUUGAAGGAUGAUAAAAGGAUCAAGUACCAUAAUGACUAUUUAACAAAUUUGCUAGCUGCUAUCAAAGAGGAUGGGUGCAACGUAAAAGGGUAUUUUGUAUGGUCUUUGCUGGAUAAUUGGGAGUGGGCUGCUGGAUACACAUCUAGAUUUGGUCUAUAUUUUGUUGAUUACAAAGACAAGCUCAAGAGAUACCCAAAGAAUUCUGUUCAAUGGUUCACCAACUUUUUAACUUAGUUGAUGCUACUAUAUAUAAUUACCUCGAUUGUACCAGAGUUUCUUUAUUAAUAGAUGAUCCAUUGCUUUCUCAGAAAUAAUAAUAAUAAUAAUAAUAAUAAUAAAGGGUGUACAAUUAGUUCUUUUCUUCAAAAGGAUAAAUAAAUAAAUAGAAUUCAUAAAA